CCCCCCAUAGUGACGGUAAAAGGAGGCGUGACUUGCGAUCGCGGCUCUGCUGUGAGGCCACGCCCCCUUUUCGGGCACACGCUUCAUGUGCGACAGGGUCCCUCUUUACAAUUUUAGGAAGUUGGGAGGUCACCGGAUUGCUGGCUUCCUUUUGGAACGUUCCAAUGUUUGGCUUUGUCAGUCAGACACCAAAGCUGGAUAACACCCGAAUAUAUGACACGUAUGUGAAAAUGGUGUCACCCCUCCAGUGUAUAUCGGAUGCCGUAGAGAAGACCCUGAAGUAUUUUAUGUGGAACUAUAUUGCUCUGUUUGGGGGAUCAGCUGAGGGGUCAACUUGGGACAGAAUUGAUGAAUUGUGGACGCUGCUGGAAAACCAAUUACCUACGAACUUCACAGUCACAGCAAAGAUAAAGUACGAACCAGGCAAACCAGGAAAUCUCCGCGAGAACCUUCUCUUAGUUGCGUCAACUGCCCGAGUUAUUAUAUUAGUGGCGAGCUCUGACGAUGCCAGAUUGAUUCUGCUGGAGGCCGAAAAUCAGGGACUGACGGAGGGGAAUUAUGUAUUUAUUAUGGUGCAACAAUUUGAAGUCAGUGGAUUUCUGGAAGUGUUUUGGAAAGACACCUUAAUCAGUGGCAGAGGUGAGAACAUCAUACGGGCCUAUGACUGUGUGCUCAUGAUAGCCCUGAACUCCAGUAACAGCUACACCUUAUUUAUGAAGCAGGUCUACGACAAGCUGCGGGGUCCCCCGUUCUACAGCGAGAUCUCCUCAGAGUACCAGGUCAGCCCAUAUGCCGCCUACCUCCAUGAUUCAGUAUUACUUUACGUGAUGGGGUUAAAGGAAGCUCUCAAACAUGGGCGAAAUAUCACAGACGGGCGUGCCCUGGUGCAAAGCCUGAGGGGGUACAAUCAGGAACAACUGUUUGGAGUGACUGGUCUGCUGAACAUUGAUACGAAGGGAAAGCGAUUCAUCGAUUACUCCGUGUAUGAUCUGCAGCUGGUGGGGAACGAGUCUCGCUUUGUCCCUGUCUUGCAGUAUGACAGCUAUAGGAAGGAGAUCAGCCCCACAGGUGCUUUCUCCCGCAUCACCUGGCCUGGGCCUACGCGCCCCAAGGACAGACCGGACUGUGGCUUCAGCAAUGAGCUGUGCAGGGUGGCUGGAAUCAAUUUUCACACAUUCUCAGAAUAUGAGAUGAUGUCUACUCAGGAAAACUUUAUAAAGCCUAACACCCCAGUAGUCGCUCUGAUUGUCACCCUCAUAGUAACGGCUGUGAUCGGUCUGAUGUUUGUGUUAUUCCUCUUUGUUCAGAAGGGAAAACUGAGAAAACAGUAUGACAGUAACAGCAGCUGGUGGCAAAUUAAGUAUGAAGACAUCACAAUUCUAAGAGACAACAAGAACAAUCCUGGGACACCCUCAAAUACCCCGACAUCUAAAAGAUUUGGGAGUUUUGGGUCCAGUGCGGUCCUGUCCAGCAACAAGAGCUGCGGUUUCACCGACAAGCAAGGCAAAGAGAUAUUCUACACUACCAUCGGCGUCUACCAGGUGAACAGUGUGCAGGCUACACAAAAGAGUAAAAGACAAAGUGGAGAUCAGAAUGCACAGGGUAAUCAUGUGGCUCUGACGUACCUCAGCGAUGAAGCCGCAGCCUGCCGGGUUAGGAAGCCGUCUGUCCUGAAGGAAUUCCACAUGAUUCGGGAGCUGAAACACGAGAACCUGGUGACUUUCUUCGGGGUCUGCACGGAUUCCCCCGUUGUGUGCAUUGUCACCCAGUACUGCAAAAAAGGAAGCCUAAAGGAUGUUUUACAGAAUAGUGACAUAGAACUGGACUGGGUCUUCAAGCUGUCUUUUGCCUAUGACAUAGUUAAUGGCAUGGGAUUCCUACACAACAGUCCGCUGACUUCCCAUGGAAAUCUGAAGCCCACAAACUGCCUGGUGGACGGGCGCAUGCAGGUGAAACUCUCUGGCUUCGCCUUAUGGGAGUUCAAAUACGGGACAACGUUCCGAGACAUCACCGCGAAAAAUGUCAUCUACUCAGAUCUCUACUGGACGGCCCCUGAGCUGUUGCGGUUGGGAAGGUUCCCCUUCCAGGGCACCCAGAAGGGAGAUGUGUAUAGUUUCGCCAUCGUCAUGAGAGAACUCAUAUGCAAUAGCGAAGACGGGCCUUACCAGGACUAUAACAUGGAACCACAAGAUGUUAUCCGCAAAAUCAUAGCCCCUACCUCAUCUGUGCCAAUGAGGCCUUCCUUAUCGGUGGAGAAGUGUAACGAGCGGAUCAUCUCCAUGUUAAAGCUAUGCUGGGAUGAGAACCUGGAGAGGCGGCCGUCCUUUGUUUCCAUAAAGAGGAGCCUGCGAGGAGCCAGCCCGGAAGGACACGUCAGCAUACUGGAUAAUAUGGUGAACAAGCUGGAAAAAUACGCCAAUCACCUAGAAGAGGUUGUGGAGGAGAGGACAGUUCAGCUGAUGGCGGAGAAAAAAAAGACUGACAAGUUGUUAUCGACCAUGUUACCAAGCUUCAUUGCAGAGCAGCUGAUGGCCGGUAAGUCGGUGGAACCUGAGAGCUUCAGCUCGGUCACGGUCUUCUUCUCAGACAUUGUGGGGUUCACCACCCUCUGCUCCUCCAGUCUCCCGCUGCAGGUGGUGGAUUUGCUGAAUGAUCUGUACAGUCUGUUCGACGAUAUCAUCAAAGCCUAUGAUGUAUAUAAGGUGGAAACCAUUGGAGAUGCUUACAUGGUUGCCAGUGGUCUCCCAAUUCAGAAUGGUCUAAGGCACCUAGAAGAAAUCGCCACCAUGUCUCUCCACUUUCUCAGUGCCAUGCUGUCCUUCAGAAUCCGACACAUGCCGGAGGAGAAGUUGAAGCUGCGCAUUGGACUGCACACGGGUCCUGUAGUGGCCGGGGUGGUGGGUGUGACGAUGCCCAGGUACUGUCUGUUUGGGGACACAGUUAACACUGCAUCAAGAAUGGAAAGCAACAGUUUACCCCUGCGGAUUCAUAUUUCUGAAACGAGUGCCGACGCUCUGAGGCAGAUUGGGGGCUACGACAUAAAGGAAAGGGGAUGGAUCCAGGUAAAAGGGAAAGGAAAACAGAGGACGUUCUGGCUGAAGGGCAAGAAAGGCUUCCAGAUGCCCCUACCGGACUUUCCAGAUGAUCUGAAAGAUCCCAUAAAUGAUUCCAUUGAGGAGGAAGAGAUCAGCGUCCACUGACUGGUCAGACCUGCGUACAUGAUGCUCAAAUUUCCAUCCGUCAGUAGCUGCAGACCUGGGAAGCCACCGCAGCUGGGACAGAGGACGGCUUUGCAGACAUGAUUACUACCCUGUGAUGCUACGGCUUUAGAUUUGCAAUAACAAAUCUUUUUAUAGACAUUUUUCUUGUUAUACAAUAAUGUUGUACAAUAAUAUACAAGUAACAUACAAGGGAUUCUUUAACAAAUCAGAACUUACAGUAGAUUAUAAGCAGAUCAUGGAAAAGCCUAGUAACUUUUACUGCAUUAAUGUUCUACUACACUACAGUCUAGAUACAGUAUCUGCGGUGGUACUGACAUCCAGCAUACAGGGCAGGGGAAAUCCUGUGCAGCUGUCUGUACAUGCAGAGUGAGAGCCGAUACUGAAAAUUACAUCCAGCAUACAGGGCAGGGGAAAUCCUGUACAGCUGUAUGUACAUGCAGAGUGAGAGCCGAUACCGAUAAUUACAUCCAGCAUACAGGGCAGGGGGAAUCCUGUGCAGCUGUCUGUACAUGCAGAGUGAGAGCCGAUACUGAGAAUUACAUCCAGCAUACAGGGCAGGGGAAAUCCUGUACAGCUGUAUGUACAUGCAUAGUGAAAGCCGAUACAGAGAAUUACAUCCAGUAUACAGGGCAGGGGGAAUCCUGUGCAGCUGUCUGUACAUGCAGAGUGAGAGCCGAUACUGAGAAUUACAUCCAGUAUACAGGGCAAGGGAAUCCUGUGCAUCUGUCUGUACAUGCAGAGUGAGAAAAGAUACUGAGCAUUACAUCCAGCAUACAGGGCAGGGGAAAUCCUGUGCAGCUGUCUGUACAUGCAGAGUGAGAGCCGAUACCGAGAAUUACAUCCAGCAUACAGGGCAGGGAAAUCCUGUGCAGCUGUCUGUACAUGCAGAGUGAGAACAGAUACUGAGAAUUACAUCCAGCAUACAGGGCAGGGCAAAUCCUGUGCAGCUGUCCAUACAUGCAGAGUGAGAGAAUAUAUUGAGAAUUACAUCCAGCAUACAGGGCAGGGGAAAUCCUGUACAGCUGUCUGUACAUGCAGAGUGAGAGCUGAUACAGAGAAUUACAUCCAGCAUACAGGGCAGGGGAAAUCCUGUGCAGCUGUCUGUCCAUGCAGAGUGAGAGCCAAUACCGAGAAUUACAUCCAGCAUACAGGGCAGGGGAAAUCCUGUGCAGCUGUCUGUACAUGCAGAGUGAGAGCCGAUACUGAUAAUUACAUCCAGCAUUCAGGGCAGGGGAAAUCCUGUGCAGCUGUCUGUCCAUGCAGAGUGAGAGCCAAUACCGAGAAUUACAUCCAGCAUACAGGGCAGGGGAAAUCCUGUGCAGCUGUAUGUACAUGCAGAGUGAGAGCCGAUACCGAGAACUACGUCCAGCAUACAGGGCAGGGAAUCCUGUGCAGCUGUCUGAACAUGCAGAGUGAGAGCCGAUACCGAGAAUUACAUCCAGCAUACAGGGCAUGGGGAAUCCUGUGCAGCUGUCUGUACAUGCAGAGUGAGAGCCGAUACCGAGAAUUACAUCCAGCAUACAGGGCAGGGGAAAUCCUGUGCAGCUGUCUGUACGCGCAGAGUGAGAGCCGAUACCGAGAAUUACAUCCAGCAUACAGGGCAGGGGAAAUCCUGUGCAGCUGUCUGUACAUGCAGAGUGAGAGCCGAUACCGAGAACUACGUCCAGCAUACAGGGCAGGGAAUCCUGUGCAGCUGUCUGUACAUGCAGAGUGAGAGCCGAUACCGAGAAUUACAUCCAGCAAACAGGGCAGGGGAAGUCCUGUGCAGCUGUCUGUACACGCAGAGUGAGAGCCGAUACCGAGAAUUACAUCCAGCAUACAGGGCAGGGGAAAUCCUGUGCAGCUGUCUGAACACGCAGAGUGAGAGCCGAUAUCGAGAAUUACAUCCAGCAUACAUGGCAGGGGAAAUCCUGUGCAGCUGUCUGUACACGCAGAGUGAGAGCCGAUACCGAGAAUUACAUCCAGCAUACAGGGCAGGGGAAAUCCUGUGCAGCUGUCUGUACACGCAGAGUGAGAGCCGAUACCGAGAAUUACAUCCAGCAUACAGGGCAGGGGAAAUCCUGUGCAGCUGUCUGUACACGCAGAGUGAGAGCCGAUACCGAGAAUUACAUCCAGCAUACAGGGCAGGGGAAAUCCUGUGCAGCUGUCUGAACACGCAGAGUGAGAGCCGAUACCGAGAAUUACAUCCAGCAUACAGGGCAGGGGAAAUCCUGUGCAGCUGUCUGUGCAUGCAGAGUGAGAGCCGAUACUGAGAAUUACAUCCAGCAUACAGGGCAGGGGAAAUCCUGUGCAGCUGUAUGUACAUGCAGAGUGAGAGCCGAUACCGAGAAUUACAUCCAGCAUACAGGGCAGGGAAUCCUGUACAGCUGUCUAUACAUGCAGAGUGAGAGCCGAUACCGAGAAUUACAUCCAGCAUACAGGGCAGGGGAAAUCCUGUACAGCUGUCUGUACAUGCAGAGUGAGAGCCGAUACCGAGAAUUACAUCCAGCAUACAGGGCAGGGGAAAUCAUGUGCAGCUGUAUGUACAUGCAGAGUGAGAGCCGAUACCGAGAAUUACAUCCAGCAUAUAGGGCAGGGGAAAUCCUGUGCAGCUGUCUUUACAUGCAGAGUGAGAGCCGAUACCGAGAAUUACAUCCAGCAUACAGGGCAGGGGAAAUCCUGUACAGCUGUCUGUACAUGCAGAGUGAGAGCCGAUACCGAGAAUUACAUCCAGCAUACAGGGCAGGGGAAAUCCUGUGCAGCUCUCUGUAAAAGUCGCAGCUGCUACUGCAUCUGCAUCCACCUCUGAAUCUUCCUGGCCUCCUCUCACUGCUCCCCUUGCUGGCGGUGUCCUGCACUGUA